CGGGGUUGUGUAGCCAUAACACACACACAUACAGUCUUCUGACAGGCGAUUGUUUACAUUCGGUGUCCGGUUCCUUGUCAGUGGAUUCACGUCAUUGACAGAUUCCGACACACAGCCACCAACAUGAUGCUGAGGUUCAGUACGAUUCGUGGAGGUCUCGGCCUGUUGGCCGUCAGGAGGGCGUGUCUUUUCUCUCGCUCCGCCCACUCUGCCCCGCAGAGCGCCGAGUAUCGACCAAUCAAAAAAGUCAUGGUGGCCAACAGAGGUGAGAUAGCCAUCCGCGUGUUCAGAGCCUGCACCGAGCUCGGGAUUCGAACGGUUGCCGUCUACUCCGAGCAAGACACUGGACAGAUGCACAGGCAGAAGGCGGAUGAAGCGUACCUGAUUGGGAAAGGCCUGCCACCUGUUGCUGCAUACCUGCAUAUUCCUGAUAUUAUCAAAGUUGCCAAGGACAACAAUGUGGACGCCAUCCAUCCAGGCUACGGUUUCCUCUCUGAGCGGUCAGACUUCGCUCAGGCCUGUGCUGACGCAGGGGUGAUGUUCAUCGGGCCUAGCCCAGAUACAGUGCGCAAGAUGGGGGACAAGGUGGAGGCUCGCUCCCUGGCCAUAGGCGCAGGUGUACCAGUGGUACCAGGAACGGACUCGCCCAUCGCCAGUCUCCAUGAGGCGCAGGUCUUUGCCCAGACCUAUGGCUUUCCCAUCAUCUUCAAAGCAGCCUACGGCGGAGGCGGUCGCGGCAUGAGGGUGGUCAGGGAGUACGAGGAGCUGGAGGAGAAUUACCAGCGGGCAUAUUCUGAGGCCCUGACAGCUUUUGGGAACGGUUCUCUGUUCGUUGAGAAGUUCAUUGAGAAACCGAGACACAUUGAAGUACAGAUCCUCGGUGACAAGUACGGCAACGUCCUCCACCUGUACGAGAGAGACUGCUCCAUCCAGCGCAGGCACCAAAAGGUUGUGGAGAUCGCUCCAGCCGUCCACCUGGACCCUCAUCUCAGAGACCGACUGCACGCGGAUGCUGUCAACUUGGCAAAGCAGGUCGGCUACGAGAACGCGGGGACGGUGGAGUUCCUGGUCGAUAAGCACGGCAAACACUACUUCAUCGAGGUCAACUCGAGACUCCAAGUCGAACACACUGUCACCGAAGAAGUCACCGAUGUGGACUUGGUGCAUGCCCAGCUGCGGGUGUGCGAGGGCCGCAGCCUUGCCGACCUGGGUCUGAAGCAGGAGAAGAUCAGGGUCAACGGCUGCGCCAUUCAGUGUCGCGUGACGACCGAGGACCCCGCCAGAGGUUUCCAGCCGGACACCGGCAGAAUUGAGGUUUUCCGAAGCGGCGAGGGCAUGGGCAUCCGUCUGGACAGCGCCUCGGCCUUCCAGGGCGCCAUCAUCUCCCCCCACUACGACUCCCUGCUGGUCAAAGUGAUCGCCAGCGGGAAGGACCUGCAGACGGCGGCCUCCAAGAUGAGCCGAGCCCUGGCCGAGUUCAGAGUGCGGGGCGUCAAGACCAACAUUCCAUUCCUCCAGAAUGUUCUGUCCAACAACCAGUUCCUGCAUUCCACCGUGGACACCCAGUUUAUCGACGAGAACCAGGAGCUCUUCAACCUCAAGCCCACACAGAAUCGAGCUCAGAAGCUUCUGCACUACCUGGGUCACGUGAUGGUGAACGGACCAACCACGCCCAUCCCCGUCAAGGCUAAGCCCUCCUCCACUGAUCCGGUCAUCCCUGUUGUCACCAUGGGCGACCCGCCGAUAGGAUUCCGUGACAUUUUGCUCCGAGACGGUCCUGAGGGUUUUGCCAAGGCGGUCCGUUCCCACCAAGGACUGUUGCUAAUGGACACAACCUUCAGGGAUGCCCACCAGUCGCUGCUGGCAACCAGGGUCCGAACCCAUGACCUGAAAAAGAUCUCUCCAUUUGUCAGCCACAACUUCAACAACCUCUUCAGCCUGGAGAACUGGGGAGGUGCUACCUUUGACGUCGCCAUGAGGUUCCUCUCGGAGUGUCCGUGGAAGAGGCUUCAGGAGCUCAGGGCGCUCAUCCCUAACGUCCCCUUCCAGAUGCUGCUGAGGGGGGCCAAUGCUGUGGGCUACACCAACUACCCUGACAACGCUGUGUUCAAGUUCUGCGAGGUGGCCAAGGAAAACGGCAUGGACAUCUUCCGGGUGUUCGACUCCCUGAACUACCUGCCCAACAUGCUGCUGGGCAUGGAGGCCGCGGGGUCAGCAGGGGGUGUAGUGGAGGCGGCCAUCUCCUACACAGGAGAUGUGUCUGAUCCGAUGAGGCAGAAGUACUCAUUGGACUACUACCUGAAACUGGCUGACGAACUGGUCAAAGCCGGUACACACAUACUUUGUAUCAAGGAUAUGGCGGGCCUGCUCAAGCCAGAGGCCAGUAAGCUUUUAAUCAGCGCACUCAGGGAUCGCUUCCCAGACGUGCCCAUCCACGUGCACACGCACGACACGGCCGGGGCUGGAGUAGCUGCCAUGCUGGCCUGCGCGGAGGCGGGAGCUGACGUGGUGGAUGUUGCCGUGGACUCCAUGGCGGGGAUGACCUCUCAACCCAGCAUGGGAGCCAUUGUGGCCUGUGCCAAGGGGACCAAGCUCGACACCGGCAUCGCCUUGGAGAAAGUCUUUGACUACAGUGAAUACUGGGAAGUGGCCAGAGGCCUCUACGCUCCGUUCGACUGCACGGCCACCAUGAAGUCUGGCAAUGCUGACGUCUAUGAGAACGAGAUACCCGGAGGACAGUACACCAACCUGCACUUCCAGGCUCACAGUAUGGGGCUCGGGAACAAGUUUAAGGAGGUGAAGAAGGCCUACGCCGAAGCCAACAAACUGCUGGGUGACCUCAUCAAGGUCACUCCGUCCUCAAAGAUCGUGGGCGACCUGGCCCAGUUCAUGGUGCAGAACAACCUGACCAGGGCCGAAGUGGAGGAGCAGGCGGAGGACCUCUCCUUACCCUUGUCUGUGGUGGAGUUCCUGCAGGGGGCAAUUGGGAUACCACAUGGGGGCUUCCCCGAGCCUCUAAGGAGCAAGGUCCUGAAAUCUCUUCCCCGUAUCGAAGGACGUCCAGGGGCCUCUCUGCCCGCCAUGGACUUCAAGGCUCUGGAGGAUGGGCUCCGUGCGGCGCACGGCGAUGACAUCACUCCUGAAGACGUGAUGUCCGCCGCGAUGUACCCGAAGGUCUUCCAGGAGUUCAAGGAAUUUACUGCUAACUUUGGUCCAGUGGACUGCCUCAACACCAGACUCUUCCUCGACGGACCCAAAAUCGCCGAAGAGUUUGAGGUGGAGCUGGAGAGGGGGAAGACCCUCCACAUCAAGGCCUUGGCCCUGGGAGACCUGAACAAGGCCGGCCAGAGAGAGGUGUUCUUUGAGCUGAACGGACAGCUGAGAUCCGUCCUCGUUAAGGACACGGUGGCCAUGAAGGAAAUGAAGUUCCAUCCCAAGGCUCAGAAGUCCAUCAAGGGCCAGGUGGGGGCUCCCAUGCCUGGCAAGGUCCUGGAGGUCAAAGUGGAAGUUGGUUCCAAGGUGGAGAAAGGUCAGCCUCUGUGUGUCCUCUCAGCCAUGAAGAUGGAAACAGUGGUGAACUCACCGAUGGCUGGAACCAUUAAGGCCAUCCACGUGACAGCCGAUGUCUCCCUGGAGGGAGACGACCUGAUCCUGGAGAUUGAUGAAGAGUAAAGGAGCAAGAGAGCGAGUGCGGCCAGAAGAGGAAGACAAUCUGACACACUGCAAAAGAAAGGGUGGAGGGCCAGAGAAAGAGGGUACAAGGAUGAGUAGCUGAAAGAGAUGUGAUAUCAUCUAGUUGAUGAUAUCACAUCUCCCAUAGGAAACCCUGCAGCAACAUUCCUUUUAGUCUCCUUUAUUUAAGCGUUGGGUUCGGUUCCUCUGGAGGCCAACAGCGGAACAGCUAAGGGGGGGGGGGGUUAAUAAUGAGGGAUUUUGUGCAGAAAUUGGAUUGUAAUCAAAAAGCUCAACUCUUAAUGUACAACAUGCAAUAAAAACCUUGCUCAACCCAGACCUGGCCACAUGACAGGAAAACAAGACCGUGGCACUGCUGUCUUAUACAGUAUAAAAUUCAAUACGUGGUUUCUGAGGUUUCCUUAUCGAGUUGUGCAACUGAAACAAAAAACCCUGAAUUUAGAUGAAAUGUCAGUCGAUUAUGUUUUAAUUUUCAUCAAAUCCAAAUAAUUCCCAAUAUUUGGGGGUAAACAUGUUUUCACACUGCAAUCUUUUCUGCCCUUGGAAAAGUUUCCGGAAAUUCGAAUGACAUUUAAACACUUGUGUAACCUUGAGAUGCUCUGCUAAACAUUCCACGACUUACAAAUGCCGACGUGUAGUAGUGCCGAUCUAGUCAAUUACGGUUAACGCUAAAUAGAUAUAUAAUCAAUUUUCAAUUACAUGAAUGGGGAAAAAUUACUCUUCCAUGUCAGCAAUAUUGAUUACUAUGUUAGUGAAGUGUAAAGAAGAGACAAACCUGUGUGUAUUGAUGACUACUAAUUGUUUCUUGUCGUGACAAAAAGAGAUUUACAGACAUUAACCUUCUUGUAUAGCUUCUCAUUGUGGGACGGCAUGUUAAUCUAGAAUCACGCGCUACUCUGCACGAGUUGUUCUGCAACGUGUCAUCGCCGCCAGCGUUCACUCUCGUCAUUUCCCCCCUCGCUGGUUUAAAAGGGUCGGACAGCGCAGGGGGAGGAAGAAAAUCGCUAUUGACCUGUUUGGUAAAAGCGAAUAUAAACCGUGUUUUCACAGUAAGAGCAGCAAAGCUAAAGCUAGCUAGCUACAUCACAGUGGGUACACGCAGGGGCCGCGAGUAUAGGCGACUGGUCGUUCAGGGGUCUGCCUGCCAGAGAGAAACAUUUUCUUCGAGUCUGUUUCUGUAGAGGGGUCAGGGUGGAGCGUGGGGUGGUCUACGUUCUGGUGCUGUUCUUGUUGAUUCUACAACUGUAUUUUGAAGGAAUCCACUAUCGCCCCGUUCACACCCGUCAUUUAAAUCUCGAAGAGGCUCAGGGUUAAUACCCCAAAAUGUCCCCUAACAGAAGGUGUAAGCCGCAUUUCAAACAGGAGAGUGCCACUGUAAAUGAGCCCGCAUAGGACUACAAGCAGACUUCCCUGUGCUACCUCCACACUGAAGAUCCACUCUCGGUACGUCAGGUGGGGCUUGGUCCCAUCACCGCGCCCCACGCUUGAGCUCCCGUACUGUUGACCGAGCAGCAUGGACCUCCCUGCUAUGAGACAUUUACACGACGCCCCGAAAGACUUCAUAGCAUGAGUGUCAACAUGGCUGUUUAAUGUCACAUGGUCCGAGUGCGGUCCUGGAGGCCUUUCAGGCCAGCUGGUUUACAUGCAGAGUUGCUCGUCUUCCCACCCCACCGCCCACCUCUGAAUUACAAACCAGAUGCAUCUGCUCCCUGAGCUGGGAUUUAAAUGCCAGGUGUAAAUGGGAUUAUGGGAUGGUGUGGGGCUUUUUCCUCUGCAGUGCUGCUGAUUAAUUUAUGAAUUAAUUCUCUGUCAAACGGGGUGAAAUUAACCACACUAAUGAGAGACCGGAGAGUCUAACGAGUGGCGCACGGCUCUUUAUAGCAAGCUAGCUCUGUUUUGUGUGUGUACGCCUUGCGAACGUGCACAUGUAAACAUCUCGAGACAACAUCAGCCGGCCCACCUAACGCCACCCGUCCCAGGAGGUUUGAAAUAUUCAUGCACACAGACGCACAACCACUCCUGGCCCUGGAGUCCAGCAGCGGGUGCCACUCUGUAGAACGCUCUUCUCUGAUUGGUUCGGCAGUAAUUGCAGUGCACAGCUGUAGAUUUUUGGUCAAUUUCCGCAUCACAAAGUGGGAACUUUUUUUAUUCUAUCCGCUGCUGUUGAGUACAGGGGAGGGGUUUCUGUAUCGUGUCGUACCUGAAAAUGAGCCGUAGCUAGUAUGCUACCAGGGGGGUGGGUCCACUGCCGAGAAGGAGGGGAGGGUUUGCAGGUCACCGCUACCAGGACAAAAUCACGUGUUUGGAAUGAAUACCAGCAGUUCUUGGUCCUGUGAAGUCAAACGGGCUGAUUGAAAAUACGAUAGCGCCCCCCCCCGCCGUUUUUGCUAGUGAUGUAUUUUGGAUGUAAAAUUUAACAACAGAAGAUGAAUACAAAGCACAAGAACACACUGACAGCUUUUAAUGACUGGUAGUUUGACCCCUGUCGAUCAAAAUAAAUAAAAUUAAAUGCUGUAGCUUUCCGCCCGAACUCAUAAAUCAUUGACUCGACAGAGAAGCCCGAUUUAAUUAUCCGGUUUUACAUCCUUGGAUCUUAACUCCAAUUUUAGCUCAAUAACUUGAGAGUAGGAGUCCGCUUCUGAAUUAUACAUCAAGACCUGAAAGGCAUUACCCACUUUAACAGCAAUAUUUCGAGGUAAAGGUGAAGGUAAGACCACAGAUCCGCCUUCCCGCCAUCCACCACGCUCCACCGCACUUCCUGGGGGGACUGGUGCAUAAUUGAAACACGUUAGUUGGUGAAACGUCUUAAAAUGAGGUAAUUGGAGGUAAAUGACGAGGUUCUAAUAAGCUGUGGCAAUAAUGUAACAUUUCUUCCUUCCUCCUUUCUCUCUCCUCUCUGCUAGCCGUGCAUCCCAUCUUCUCACCGUCUCUUCUGCCUCCCACCUCCAGUCUUCCUCGUCCUAUCUUCUCAUCGUCUUGCCUGCCUUCCACCUCCACCCUUCCUCAUCCU